AUGAUUAAUAUUCAUUCAUUUAUUUCAUAUUUUUUGGGACACAUACUUAGUUACAAUGAUCCAAUUAUCGAUAAUGGUAAGAAGAGGAUUUCGAUUGAAUUGGAAGAUGAAAGGGCCGAUAGGUUAAAGGUCACAUUAUGGGAUGAGCACGCAGACAGGGUUUAUAACAUGAUGACUAAAAAUCCUGAUUACCCUGUUGUCCUGAUUGUUCAGUACGUGAAAUGCAAAAAAUACUACUGUAAGUAUAUUGGGUUUUAA